UUUUUAAUGGCUGUUAGUCGUUAUAAAACUUAAGUGAUCUAGAUCUAUACUUUCUAUACAAUAAUACAUUCAUAGAUUAUGUAGGCCUAUUCCAGAGUGUAGAUUAGUCUAGAUCUAGAGACACUAGAGUCUCUAGUCCUAAAUACAAUGGCAAAAUACUAUUUACAUGGUACACUUUUCCCUCAUGAGGAAGAUGCUACCCAUGAAUUUAAAGGGCAUAGAAAAAUUUGUCAAGAAGAGAUAGCAGACAUGAAUGAAAAAACAAGAAAGUCUGUGUCUAGGAACAUAUGUGGCUUCUUGAACACGGGAAAGGGAGGUACCGUUUAUUGUGGUGUGGAUGACACUGGAAUCAUUAUGGGUAUCAAACUGACCCAGUACCAGCGUGAUCAUGUUGUUGGGUCUUUGCAUGAUUUAAUGUCUCGCUACACACCACCUGUCCCUCGAGAUCGAUACAGCAUCCGUUUUGUUCCAGUGCUUGACUCAAAUAUACCACUGGAGAGACGGGAGGAUCUUUGCAUGUAUGACCCAAAAAAACAUGUAGAUGGACAAAGUAGAAAAGCUUUGCAUCUGUUCAGAUCUCGACGUCGAUGCUGGUGUGAUGAAGAUGCUAAGAAAAUGGCUUUUGAGUGUGGUGUUAUCAUCUGUGACUAUAUCAUUGAAGUCAUAGUUCAUCCCUGGAAUGCAGAUCAAUGUCAGGGAGGUAUUGGGGACCUCUUGAAUGUUCAUCCUAUUUAUGCAGAUGAGGCCGGAAAAUUUUACUUUCGUCGCCUGGCAAGUUUGCGAAAGUAUUCACUUUAUGAAGUAACACUUUGGGCUGAAUUAGAAGCAUCAAGACGAAGUCAAGAACUCAUUGAAAGCUUAAAGAAUCAAAUCAAAGAACUUGAGCUAUCAAAAGACAGUUCCAGACAGACCUCUGACUCUGACAACAAUGAUGGUGAAUCCUACUGAAAUGUUUCUAAAAGCUACUAUUUGUUUUCUUAAUGACCCACAUUCCGGUGACAUAAAUUUGUCUUAUAUUUAUCAUUAUUUGUAAUUUUUUUUAUGCUUUCUGCAUGACUAAAUGCAUGACGCGUAGGACGUAAUCAUCUUCUUUUUUGAAGUAACGUCUGUAUUAUAUAAGAUAAGAUAAGAAACAUUAAGAUUAAACAAAAAAUAAUUAUGUGAUAGUUUUGGGUCUGUCUUUCACAAAGUUAUUUCUUUGUUUCUGUUACCAUUCAACAGACUUAUUGCCAGAGUUUUGCCUUUUCAGCUAUGCACACAUUUUCAUUAGUGUCAUUUUCAGUUUCAAUUAAGAGCUGAUGUUGGAAUAUUGCCUGUCUUCAUCCAGUCUGUGAUCCAGGGUCUUAGAUCUCCUAUUAGUGGAAAGAAAAUCUUUUUUUUUUUUAAAUGCCAAUGUUUUUGUAGUUAUAAAAAUAUGUACAAAAAAAAAAAAGCUUUAUUUACUAUGUUACAGACAUUAUUGUACAAAUUAAUCUAUUUUCUGUUAAAAGAAAAUGCCUGUGGUCACCUUUAUAUUGAAUGUUUUUGCCAUUUUUGUGUUUGUAAAUUUUAUCUAUGUAAAACUUUUAUUCCAAAAUUGUUUAUUCAUUUCAUAACUGCUUUUUGAAAAGUUCUAAUGCAAAGUUAAAGUUUCCAAAAAAAAAGUUUAUAUAGCUUUCAUUUACUUUAUAAAAUUACAUUAAUCUGUUACAACUGGUACAUUGUUGCCCUUUUAGUUUACGUUACAACUGUGCCUUGAAAUCUCUAUGCCGUCCUUUCAUGUAAAUGUUUCUUGAAUAAUUUAUGUUUAAAAUCAUUUCUCUUAAAGAUAUUGAAAAAAGUGAAAUAAAUAAGCAGCCAAACUUUUUUUUACUUAUUUAAAAGAUGAUAAUCAUAAUCUGAACACAUAGUCCAACAGGCUACUUUAAUCAGCUCAGCUUGACAUGUCAGCACUAUAAAAAUAUUGUUCUUUUUUUUUUUUCUUACUCUGUUCUAAAAUGUUAUAAAUUGUGAAAUAAUUUACAAUAUGUCAAUGAAAAAUAUAGGCUUUGCAAAAAAUGUGUGCAAGAAUUACAUAGUGUAAUUUGCACAUUGUUUCAGAGUGUAGAGUCAUCCUGUCACCUUUUCAAAACUAAAUAAUCUACUUAAACAAUGCCUUCAGUCUAGUAACAUUGACAGUUUUAAUUUUUAGCAUCCUUCUGAAUAGUUCAUCCUCCUCCCCCACUAGGAGAUAUUUUUUUACAGUCAGUCUAGUACUUGUCUUUAUGUUUGAUUCUGUAUACUUAUACAUUUUUUUUUCUUAUUGACAUCAAAUGAUGUUUCUUAAUUUAAGACAUUUUUUAAAUUAUUUAAAGUACACUUGUCAUUGUGUUCACAUGAGGGUAGAUACUGUGCACACCUGAGGGUAAAUCAUGGGAAGAUAGCUCUUUUUCUAGUUCCAGUUUACUUCUCUCCCCUCAUUGCUGUCAUUAUUUAGCUGGUACAUGUCCAUUAAGUGAAAUGGAUUACAUUUAAAAUAAUCAAAAUCACUUAAUAGAAAAUUAUUUUGUGCAAUAGAAAACUGUCUGGUUCAUAGUAACAGCUUUCUAGUCUUGGACCUGUAAAUAGCUAUAAACUAUUAACUAAGAUAUUAUUUCUUUGUUUACCUUCUAUUUUCUUUUAUUAUAGAAAGCUGAGAUAAUACCUCCCUUUUUUUUUUUUUUUUUUUUUUUUUUUAAAUCAUGCCAUAAUGUUAUUUAAUGGACCAUGCCAAAUGUUUGUUUAUUUACAUUUAAUACUGAUGAUGCAUUAAAACAUGAAAUUUAUAAUUUUUUUGAUCAUGUAUUAAUUUCACUGGUGUUUUGUUUUGUUCUCUGUUGUGUUUGAGUUUUGUAAUGGAUAGAUUUUGUUUUAUUUUGUUAUUGAAUACAAAUUUCCAAAUAAACACAAA